AUGGCAGCCCCUCAGUCCAGAGGCGCCCCUCAGUCCAGAGGCGCCCCUCAGUCCAGUGGCGCCCUCUACGAGGGUCUUCAGUCCGGAGCCCGCUGCGAGGGUCCACGUCCCGCACCAGAGCCGCCACCGCAGACAGAUGCCCACCCAGACCCUCCCCUAUGGACAGAAGCGCCCAGUCUAUCCACUUUUGGGGGGACCAACAACCUAAACAAGACAAACAAAGGUGACGCCCUGGCCAACCGGGUGCAGAACACUCUGGGGAACUACGAUGAGAUGAAGGAGCUCCUGACCAGCCACUCCAACCAGAGCCAUCUGGUGGGCAUCCCCAAGAACUUUGUUCCCCAGACCCCUGGCCCCAUGGAGAAGCAAGACCAGCCCAGCUUCUUAACCAAGGGAGGCCAGAGGGGGAGCAACAGGGUGGGCACAGGGAACCAUACAACCUCCAUGCCCCCUCCUCCCUCCUCUUCUUCUCUGACCAGCUCCAGCCUGCUGCACGGCCAUCAGAGCUCCAAGAAGUCCUGGUCCUCCGACUGGUCCCGGGGAGCCCACUGCAGCACCCAGGGGGGGGUGGGGGGCCCAUCCUGCAGCAGGGGGAAACACUCCUUCACCCAUGAGCAGCAGCAGCAGCCCCAAAGACAUGAGGAGCUGCUCAUCUCACAGGGCGAGGUAGUGGACCACAGGGGAGACUCCAGCAGCAGCCCCUCCUCCUCCUCCACCUCCACUCUCUCCAGGAGGCACGGGGGCGGGCAGCAGCAGACCCCUAAGGCCCCGUCAUCGACUGAGCAUGGCAGCUACAAGGACAGCAACACUCAUGUUAAGUCUCCCCUGGAGCAGGAGCCGGGCUCCCACGGGGCCAGUUCCCCAGUGGCCUCUACCUCCCUUUUGCCCAGUGGCCUCUCCACACCCACCUUCCCGCAGGGUCUGCUCGUCAAGCCCAGCGCCGUGCAGCAGCAGAAGCCUACGGCCUACGUGCGGCCCAUGGACGGCCAGGACCAGAUGCCCCUGGACUCCCCGGAGCUCAAGCCUCCUCUGGAGGUGGUGGACGUGGGCUACAGCAACCCAGCUUUUGGCAGCACCAUCACCAGCUCCAAGAGCAAGCUGCCCAAGCUGACCCCGACACAGACUGGGGAGGUCGGCCUGUCCAGUGACUCCAGCUGUGUGGAGGAGAUUCUACGGGAGAUGACCCACUCCUGGCCUCCUCCCCUGACUGCCAUCCACACUCCAGGCAAGGCUGAGCAGACCAAGUUCCCUAUUCCCUCCAAGGAGUCACAACACAUACCCUCAGGAUGCGCUGGACUAAAGCGGUGCAAUGUUCCCGUUAACAAGCCUGCAACCAAGUCUGUGCCACAGAAGUCAAUGCUUGAGGAUGACCUGAAGAUCAGCAGCGACGAGGAAGAUACUGAACAGCAGGCAGCUGAGAAGCCCAAGCCCAGAAGUACACCUCUCAGCAUCCCUGUGGCCACGUCUCGGACCAGUGACCCGGGCCACUCUAGUGGCGCCUCGGCCAGCUCCAGUGAAUCAGAGAGCAGCUCCGAGUCGGAUUCAGACAGUGAGAGCAGCUCCAGUGACAGCGAGUGUAACGGGGCCUCCCGGACCGCCACCCCAGAGCCUGAACUUCCAUCAACAAACAAAUGGCAGCUGGAUAAGUGGCUGAACAAAGUGACCCCACACAAUAAAGCACUUAUCAGUACCCAGUCAGAGAGAGAGAGCCAUGGGCUCUGCAGCUCCCAGCCUGACCACAGCCAGCAGGCACCUGGGAGCCAGGACCUGGCCCCAGGAAAGAGCAAGCCUGGGCCCACCGUCCUGCUGGCCCAGACCGACGCCAAGGAACGGGCCCUCCUCAGCCCCAUCCGAGAGAAGGCCAAGCCCAAGACUGGACCAAAGGUCUCAGAGGGCAAGAGUUCAAAGUCCCCAGCAGCGGUGGUGGUGGAGCCGGCCCCAGCCAGACGCAGCAUUGGAAAGAAGCAGCCAAAGAAAGUGGAGCGCUCAUCCAGCCUGGAAGAACACAGCUCCUGGUCCAAGCCCAUCAACCCCUCCAUCAGCACUACCCCUAAGGAGAAGGAGCCUCCGCCUCUUCUGGAGCCGCCCAAGUCCAGGACCAAGGGCACCAGUGGGAAAGCUGCCCCUAGGAAGGAACCUCGCACCACCACUACCACUACUACUACUCCAGCUCAUCCCCCAGCCCCAGUCUUGGACAAGAAGAAGCACAGGGGGCCCACCAGGACUCCCAAGUCCAAGGAGUUCAUCGAGACGGAGUCUUCGUCGUCUGAGUGCCACUCUGAACCAGAGGAUCUGAUCAAGGUCCCUAACCCUCCCUGCCCAGGUCCCAGCAGCCUGCAGACUCUCAAAGCAGCCAAUCUCCUGAGUGUCAGUAGCCUUACCAGCACCUGCAGCACUUCCAUCUCUAUCCCAGACCCUGGUGUGGUUGGGGGCUUACUGGAAGACCCCCUCUUGACCCCUGUCCCCAUCGUCCAGAACGAACUGUUGUCCCCUCUCAGGGACUUUGAGGACAUCAAGUCACUGUGGGUGAAGAUCGAGCUGAGCUUCCUGUCUAGAAUCCCAGGACAGGACCCCCCUGAGCCCCCUCCUGUGAAGGUUGAGCCCCAGGAACACUGGGAACCCAGCACCAAGCACAGACGCCAGUCCCCCGCCAGUCAACAGUCUACCCCUGUUGAGAAACCCCCAAGCAAGGCCAAGAGGAAACACAAGUCGGACCAUUGUAACGCUGUCGGCGGGAGCAAGAAGUUACGGUUGGAGAAAGACUCCAUGCUUCUUCCCCCGUGCAUCUCACCCAUUCACAACCACAAGAACAUUAGCACAAAAGACUCUCUGAGGAAACAGCCCAGGAAGAGAGAGCUGCUGCCUCCCCUGCUGUCGCCUCUCUCUGACGAGCCUCCCUCCCGCCAGCGCAGGACCAGCGAGUGUUCUUCCUUCAGCCAGGAGGGCGGCGCUAGCGGCGCCUUAUUACUACCCGCCCUCAGCUGCUCUCUGCCCCCCUUCUCCUCCUCCUCAUCCUCCUCUUCCUCACACAAGCACCACAGCAAAGGAGAGAGCAAAUUCUUCUCACAUUCCAAGACAAGCAGUGAGGAAGAUACCCACAGCAAACCAUCUGGCAGUUUCCAUGGUAACGGUCAGUCUGAUUCCGACCUUUGGUCCAACCCCUCAUCUCUGUCCAUGGACCACAUGGAGCCAAGAAGACAGCUAACGCUCAAUAACAAAGUUCACACUGCAGACUACUACAUGCAGGAAGCCAAGAAACUGAAGCACAAAGCAGAUGCACUGAUGGAGAAGUAUGGCAAAGCUGUUAACUACGCUGAUGGGGCGCUGUCGUUCAUAGAAUGUGGCAACGCCAUGGAACGGGACCCACUGGAGGCCAAGUCUCCAUACACUAUGUACUCUGAGACAGUUGAACUCAUCAGAUAUGCCAUGAGGUUAAAGAACUUUACAAGUCACUCAGCAGCAACAGUAGCCGAGAAGAAAUUAGCUGUAUUGUGCAAUCGCUGUUUAUCCCUCCUGUACUUGAGAAUGUUCAAACUAAAGAAGGACCAUGCAGUAAAGUAUUCCCGUUCCCUGAUGGAGUAUUUCAAGAACUCGGCUAAAAGUUCCCAAGUACCUUCGCCAUGGGGAGCCAAUGGAAAGAACACAGGCACCCCAUCGCCCCUGUCUCUGAGUCUCUCCCCAGUCAGUUGGGGCAGCAGCAGUACAGGCACUGCGGGCUCCGGGGCCUCCGGCAACGUGGCCAUCCCCCAGCGCAUUCACCAGAUGGCCGCCAGCCACGUCAACAUUACCAACAACAUUCUCCGGAGCUACGAGCACUGGGACACAGCAGAAAAGUUGGCCACAGAGAGCCAAGAGUUCUUUCAGGAGCUGGACUCAAUGAUGGAACCGUUGAGCCAACACAGCAGCAUGGUAGAACUUGUGCGUUACAUACGUCAAGGACUGCACUGGCUACGGAUAGAGGCCCACUUGUUAUAGUGCUGCGGGAACUGGAACUAAACUGUCUGCCACUCUGUCUGUCUGUCUCACACCUCCAUCACUACCUCUACCAGCCAGCAACGCCCACCAUCCCCCAGUCUCCAGCCAUCUGAUAACACCCCAAUGGACCCCCACCUCACUGCCAGCCAGAAAGUCCCGCCCCAUGUCACCUCUCUGAGGUCAGAGGUCAUCAUUUGCUCUACUACACAGUCUGUCUCUCUGCUCCCUCUGUACAAGGUUGACAUGUCCAAUGGAUGUGGGGGGGGGGAAGUGAAGUCCCACUAUCCAAGCCCCAGAGCCAAUGAGAGGGAAGUCCCACUAUCCAAGCCCCAAAGCCAAUGAGAGGGAAGUCCCACUAUCCAAGCCCCAGAGCCAAUGAGAGGGAAGUCCCACCUAAGACCUGUGGAGUGUCUCCAAAGCGUGCCACUAGAGGAGAAGGAUCUGUGCUGUUUUGCUGGUUUUCUGCCCGACAGAGCCCCGUGAUUUCCCUGUUGUUUGUUUUGAUCAGACCACCCCUGAGGGCCUCUUAGAACACUGGGAGCGUUGUUCAGUUCACACCUCCAUUCCAACAGGAAUAUGGAUCAGGAAUUUAUAAGUGCUUUCAACUCUUCACAUGUUUAGUUUUUGUCAAUGCCUUGAUGAACUGACUGACAGAAGCCAGUUGAAUAAGUGUCUCUCUCUACUACUAUCUGACCAUUGAUUUAUGGUCCUCAAGACCUCCGUCUCAUGUCAGAUAAUACAUACAGCAACAGUUAGCCUUUAGUACCAUUGGAACAACAAAUCAUUCAAAAUGAUUCGAUUACUGGUUGCUUAUUGGAAAUGAACAAUGAAUAAUCUAAUUAAAUCUGCCAACACAAGCAAUUUCUCUGGUUUUGAGGGAUUUGCAUAAUAACAUUGUGUCUACUACAGCAGAUGAGGAUUGUGUCUUUCAGCCCCAGAGGUUGGUGGUGUCUUUGUGUUUGUUUGGUUAACUACAAUAAUGAGAGGCCGGAUUUAUUCCAAACCAGCACACAUUUUCCAUGGGUCUAAGGCAACGGGGAAGACAUGAAGUGUUACACCACCUGAGACUGUGUUCAAAGGUCUAAUGCAGCCAUUGUUAUCACAAUAUCAAAUCAUUUCUAGAUAGCAAUGAAGCACUUUACUGUUAUUGUUUUCAAUUUAAAUGGUCAAAAAUAAGUUAAAAUAGCUCCUUAGCAAAUAGUAAUUUCUCUUUCUUAUUGGUCUAUUAACUAAUUUACCAUCUGGUGACCUCACCAUGGAAGGCCAAAACUCCAUCCCACCAAAACAGGCUGAAAGAGCAUUAUUAUAAUUCUUACAUUUUCAAAGUAUUUUUCCAACCUCAUAGUGUGGAAAUAUAUAUAAAACACCAGAAAAUCACAUUUUGACUGCACUGGGCCUUUAAAUAAAUAUGAAUCAUCCAUUCACUGUUAUAACACCACCACAAACAGUAAACACCAGAAUGAGUCCAUUAGCACUUCAGAAGAUAUGUACAUGAUCUUUUCAUUGUCUAUGAUGACUGCUGUAUAUCACAAUGUUGGUUCAGUUGUCCACAGAGAGGUGUAGACUGUUGAAGAAUGAUCCAUAGGGACACUUCUUAUGUGUUCUGUGCAUAGUUGUACAUUUGUAUAUUUAAACGUAGCUUGAUGGAGAUACGCCGCCUGUAUGAGAUACAGGCAGUUGUCCUAAGGAGGAAAUAUGAUGGUUGUUUUGUUUUUGGUCUUUAUGUCGAUGUGAUGUGAGAGAAUGAACUGUAGGGAAGUGUGUGUGUUGCACUGUGCAGAGAUGAUUUUGGGGAUGGAUUCUCUAUUGCUGGGUGUCCGUGCCCCUCUCUCUCUCUCUCUCUCUCUCUCUCUCUCUUUCUCUCUCUCUCUCUCUAGCACAGCCCAUACAGUUUAUUGGAGUAGACCAUAUCUCUAAUGUUAAAUGUGUAUGAGAGACAAUGAGGAUGUGUGUGAAGUGUGAUUUUCACUAUGAUAAAACAAAGUGCCUCCGUACCCAGUGGAAAUGAUUAAGAGUCUAUAUUUAAGAACAAGAAUGAAUCUAAAGGGUUUUUCCAUACCAUGUUGGUAUAUUAGAUUUUUUCAUAAAACCACAAUUUAUUCAUGUACUUUUUACUGGCAAUUAUGACACUAGGUUUGGCUUUAAAAUUGCAAAUGUGUGACUUACAUGUAUCAAAUUUCUAACUCCGGUACUGUUUUGAGGAUAGUGAAUGGGAUUUUCAGAAACGCUUAAACAUGAAAGUGCUUAACGUGACUUACUGUAAUUACCUAUAAUCAAUAGGUUAACACGUCAAGCCAUUUACAGCAAUAGCUGGAUGAUAGCACUAAUUGUGUUCAUUAUAUUGUUACUAAGAACUGAGAAAUGCUCUUAAUUCACAUUCAGUGUUUCUGACAUUUAGAAGUAAGAAUGGUGAUCCUAUAAUUGAUUUUAGGUCAUUAAGCUAAUUAAGCGUUAUGGAAUUUCCUAAGAAAAGACUGAACAAAUUACAGACAAAACAAUACGUUAAACUGGAUUUUAAAAAUCACUUAAUGUUGAUCCAUUAACUGUCUUAUUUAGGGUUCAUGUCAUUCAGUGUUGUUUUAUGGAUCAGUGCAGUAGCCUACAUGCAAAUCAUAACUGUGCUCAGUCAAUUCCAAAUCUAUUUUAUAGAUGUAGGAUACAACACCAUGUGGUAAAUAGCAAUAUUUACACCAGUCCUACUGUAACGAAAUGGAUAGAAAAAUCUGAAAGAAAACCUAACAACUUAACUUCUUUGUACAGUAUCUGAAGGUCAUUUUUCAUUUAGCCUUUUGUGACAACUUGUGAUCUCAUAACUACCAGUCAGAGUUGAGGAAAAUGAAGUGUGUGCAUUAUUUUUUUAUGCAAAUGAUCACAUUUUCUUCUCCAGUCCAAAGUAGCCAACUGUCUUUGCCUUUAUGAGGAAAACAGUUUGUACAUUUCCAGUGGUUUUUCCCAGCUGUUCCUGUUAGAGACAGGCCAUUCUGUCAGGGAAAUCUGGGGCCCUUUGGCAGCUCGUCAACAGCACAAAGUAGCACUGGUAUCCUGUUCCCUCUCUCUCUCUCUCUCUCUCUCUCUCUCUCUCUCUCUCUCUCUCACACUCUCUCUCUCUCUCUCUCUCUCUCUCUCUCUGUCUCUCUCCCAGUCUCUCUCUCCCAGUCUCUCUUUCUCUCCCCCUCUCUCUUUCUCUCUCCCUCUAUCUCCCUCUCUCUCUCCCUCUCUCACUCUCUCUUUCUCUCU